UCUUCCAAGCGCCCGCCUCAAACCUCGCCCUCUCCGCUUGCAUCCAGGUGCGAGUGUGGCGCCAUUUAGCCGCCAUCGGGGCGGAGGGAAGGUGGCGUUUCCGGGUACCCCUCGGCAAGGCGCCCCGCGGGCCGGAGAGGCGAGAUGAGCGGCUCCGAGGAAGAGAAGCAGCUGGAGCUAAUCAGCAGCCUGAAAGAACAAGCUAUUGGUGAAUAUGAAGAUUUAAGAAAAGAAAAUAAGAAAACAAAAGACGAGUGUGACAAAUUCAAACAAGAGAGAGAUGAAGUGGUCAAACAGCUGCAAGAACUGCAUAAAGUUUCUCAUAUGGUUAUUGAAGAAGUCAGCUGUAUACAAAACCACCUGGAGAUUGAAAAGACAUGUCGUGAAAGUGCAGAAGCUUUUGCUACUAAGGUGGAAUGUGUUCAGGUGGAAUCGGUUUCAAAGAGGAUUUAUUCUAUGGAUUACAUCAUUAAGAAUGAAAUCAGCAAUGUUGACAUAAUCAGGUUUUACUUCUGGGAUCUGCGAGAUCAAAUUAUCUCACUUCAAGAGGAGAAGAAAACUGCCGUCAUUGAGCUGGAAAACCUGAAGAGCACCUUUGUAGAAGGAAUAGCAGAAAUAAAUAAACUAAAGGAACAAAAUGCAAUCCUAGCAUCUGAAGUCCACAACCAUCACAAGGUGUUGGAAAAAUGUAAUCGAAUGUCUGUACUAGCAGUAGACGAGUAUGAAGAACUCCAAGUCAACUUUGAGCUGGAAAAAAACUUACGGAAGAGGGCAGAAAACUUUGCACAAGAGAUGUUUAUUGAACAAAAUAAGUUGAAACGGCAAAGUCAGUUGCUGCAACAAAACUCCACCCCUGAUGAGCAGCUUUCAAAAGCUCUAGAUGAAAAUGCCAAACUGACUCAAAUGCUGGAGGAAGAAAGAUUGCAAUACCAGCAGAAGAUUAAAGAAUUGGAGGAACAAUUAUGUAAUGAAGUUUUGCGCAAAGAAAUCAAGUCCCUUAAACAACAACUAGAACUUCUAGAAGAAGAAAAAAAAGAAUUUGAGGAGAAGUGUCAGAGUGCUGAAGAACAAAUUAAAAACUUAAAGCAUUCAGUUGAUGAGCUUGAAAAACGAGUACAUCGGUCAGAGAAUCCAGUACCACCUCCACCUCCACCCCUCCCACCUCCACUUCCUCCUCCUCCUAAUCCAAUAAAGUCUCUAAUGUCAAUGAUUCGUAAGAAGUCUCAUCCAAAUAGCAACUUGACCAAAAAAGAAAAGGCCUCUUCUCAGCAACAAUCAGGAGAAGUAACAGAUCUGAAGAGACAAGCUGUGGAAGAAAUGAUGGAUAGAAUUAAAAAAGGAGUUCAUCUUAGACCUGUUAAUCAAACCAACCGUAUUAGGGCAAAGGCAGAGGCACCCAAACCCAGCGAGAGUGCAGUGAAAGAACUAAAAGGAAUACUGGAGACUUUGAAUACAUCUGCAAGUUCCAGAAGUUUAAAAUCCCUUGACACAUAUGGUAAUGAAACAGAAUUAGAUAGAAUUCUGAGGCUCAGAAAAGUGACAACUGAUCAAGAUAGUAGCAAUCGAACUGGAACUUUGGCUACAUCUGAAUCUAAAUCUAUGCCAGUUUUGGCUUCCAUUGGAACAGAAUCAGAAUUGACUAAAAAAUAUUUAGCAGCAAACUUCAAUUCAAAAUCUUCAGGGUUGGAUGAACAGUCUCAUAAAAUGGUCAAAAGCACAAGUUCUGCAGUUGUCACUCAGUCAUCCAGCAAUGCAGGACUUAAAAACAAGGUUGUUGAUGCAGACAAGCAAGCUGAAAUCAUGGUACUAUUCAAUCCAGAGAAAAUCAAAGAACAAAUGCCUAAAGUUAUGGAUCAAGGCAAGAUAACUGAAAACAAGGGUCAACAGCUUCAUAAAGACACGAGUACUGAGAAAACAAAAGAGACCGACAGCUCUCUCUGUUAAUUGAUAUGCUGAAAGGCAUUGACUAUUUCUGGAACUCUGUUUUCAAUGAUUGUCAGUUGUUUUGUUUAUGAAUAUGGGAAAGGGCUAUAUUUUUUACUCAUAAUGUGUUUAUAUUGAAUCCAAAGUCUUUACACCUCUUUCCUCUGUUUUUUCUUCUAAAUUAAUAUAUGGUGUUCACUUACUAGAUUAUGCAAAAUGUUAAGAUUUAUUUGAAUAAUUUAUAUAAGUACUUUGUUUAUAGUUUGACCAAAAAGCCUGCUAACCACCGGCGGUGGUGAGACCCCUCCUGAAGAAACCAUCCUUGGAUCCAGCUGUUCUUAACAGCUAUCGCCCGGUCUCC